AUGUCAGACAAAGUCUUUCCUUCUUCAAAACCAGCAGCCAAUGGCACCGCCACUACCACCGCCACAAACAACCCACCGACCGCCCCCACAAACAAAUCCCACCUAUACAACCCUACUUCCCGCCUCCCUUACCGCCCACAACCUCACACCCGCCGCCACCGUAGCCGUAGUGGCCGAAACAUCUGCUGUUGCUUCUGUUUUUGGACAAUCCUCACCAUCCUCUUGCUCCUCCUCCUCGCUGUCAUUGCUGGUGCUGCUCUUUACAUCCUUUACCGCCCUCACCGUCCUACCUUCACCAUCACCUCCCUACGUAUCCACCGCCUUAACCUCACCACCACUGCUGACUCCUCCAGUUCCCAUAUUUCAACUCUUUUUAACCUCACUAUCAUUUCUAAGAACCCCAAUUCACAUAUCUCUCUAGACUAUGAACCCUUCACUGUUUCUGCACUCUCUGAUGGUAAUGAUGUGUUCCUUGGGAAUGGUACUUUGCCUGCUUUUAGUUUGAGGAAAAAGAAUCAGACAAGUUUUAGAAACGUUGUGGUUUCUGGGUCGAAUGAUCUUGAUGUGGAUGCAGUAAAUUCUUUGAGAUCAGAUCUGAAGAAAAAGAAAAGUGAAAAUGGAUCAGUAAUGUUGAAGAUUGAGAUGGAUACGAAGGUGAAAAUGAAGAUGGGUGGAUUAAAGACAAAGAAAGUUGGGAUUAGAGUUACUUGUGAUGGGAUUAAAGGGUCUAUACCAAAAGGUAAGACACCAACUGUUGCUGUUACUACUAAGUCUAAGUGUAAGGUUGAUCUAAGAAUCAAGAUCUGGAGGUGGACUUUUUGA